UUGACUGUCUCACUGUCAGUGUACCACAGGCAGCACUUGCCUCGAUUUUACAUUGAACAUUCCCUCGAAUGGCUUCGCACGGAUUCGCACAGUUCUCGUUGUGCUGGACACUUGACCUUUAAAUUACAAUUCGUUUUGAGCAUAAUAAUAAAUGUCGACGCGAGGAACAAUGCAAUGAACUCGACCAGAAGAACUAUGAAGAGCUGUAAAAUAAUUUGGAGAGCGUUUAGUGAACUUGUAACUCACAUUUACCACUCUAGUGCCUGAAAACGCGCGUUCUUGUGCCAUGGGCUCCGUUUAUUAUCAGGAUUUAAGCAAAGUUAUGUGGAAUGAAGUAGACAUGCGAAUCAUGUAGCAGUCGCUUGGAGGUGGAAUCACGCGUCUGCUGUCUUCGGCACCUGGAACACCUGCGUGACAGGUUAUCCACGUUCACAUAGGGCGUCUUUUUCAUUUAUCUGUAUAUAUAUUUUUUAUUUUUUGCAUUUAAGAUGGAGAGCGGAUGUGCUUUAAAUAAUUUCACCAGCAGAUCGUCUGAGAAGAGGAUGAGAUUUCAGUCCUAAUUCACAGGAUCCUCUGGAUUUUUUUUUUUUUUUCACGCAGGGAAUCGGAAUGAAAUCUGUCUGAAUUUAAUUCCUUGUCGUUUUAUACAUUAUUCUCAGUUAUUGCGUUAACAGCUGCACGGGCUCGUUUUACUGACUUCUCGAGAUGGCUGCGAUCGCCAGUUCUCUGAUCCGACAGAAACGCCAGGCGCGGGAAUCCAACAGCGAGCGGGUCUCUACCUCCAAACGACGCCCCAGUCCCAGCAAAGACCCCCGCUCUCUCUGCGAGCGACAUUUUCUGGGGGUCUUCAGUAAAGUCCGCUUCUGCAGCGGCAAGAAAAGACCUGUUCGCCGGCGACCAGAUGCGCCCUCGAAACCUCCACAGGUGUCCCGUAAGGGCGUCAGGCUAGGUCAGUAGCCUCCAUCCAUGUGCUGUGUCUUCCAGUUUCCCACCCCAUUUCGUGCUCAUGGGGGACUAGCUCCUGUCUAACGGCAGUCGCCGAUGUCUGCCUUGUCCUUGUAUUAUGCUUCCGACUAUUGUUCUAUCUCUUUGUCUCUGUAUUCUAUUCUUUUUAUGUAUGUCUUACUGUCUUCUUUCUGGCUCUCCUUCCUUUUUUUUUUCUCCCCCCCCCCCCUUCUUUACUCCCUCUGAGCCCUCUUUUUGGCCUCUCUAUGUUUCUGUCCCCGUUUUCUGUCCCCUCCGUCUGUUUCCGUGCAGUGAGGCUCGUGUUUGCAAUGUGCUGCUGAUGUGUCAUGUUUCUCUUGUCAGUCGUGGUGACUUAAGUAGUCAAGGUGACCAUUCACCAUUUCAUGAUCAUGGCAUCAUCUAUCAACACAUCCGAUUGUAACUGUUUCUGUUUCUGGAAUGAGGCAAUAUGGACAUGUGGUUCAACAGAAUUAUAAUGUAUUUGCAUUGUUUGGGAAAUGCAAACAGUGUUGACAAAAAUGUGACAUGCGUUAUCUUAGGUGAAAAGACACACGCUUAUACAUUAAGUGCAUAUAAUUGCUACAUGAGUAGAGACAUGCAUGUACACGAAUCUCACAGAAUAUGUCUGGAACAUGUCCAAGUCAUAUUUGACCCCAAAAAUGUAAUAAGAAAUUUCAAUGUUUGUUUGUUUUUUUACAUCGUGACAUUAUUUUUAAU